AUGGCGUUUCCAGGCGGGGAACUGCCAGAAGGAAGACAUAGCUCGGAGAGCUCUGGGAACAACAGUGGGCUAUCGCAAGAAACUAUCAGGGAUGAUGGUCGUCGAUAUGGUCGCAUUGUGCCUAGCGGUCGGAGCAUCUCUCCCCAUUCCAAAGACGAUGGCAGCGAUAGGCUUGAACUCCCGGCUCCACGACCACCUUCUCUAGGCGCCCCGAAUGACCUAUACACCUCCAUGUUCUCGUGGGGCUCGCCCGAUAUUUCUCCCACGGACGUGCGCAAGAAUCAAGGCUUUGGUAGUCAUAGAAAAGCAUUAGCUGUCCUUGGGAAUGACGAUCCAGGCCCUCCACCUAUCAAUAAUCCGAGUCCCCGUGUGAACACCAAUUACGGCGAUUAUUUUCAGCACGAUCCGCAGGGAACACUAUCUUAUUCCCCAAGAUUGGGCACUGGCGAUGCACACGGCACUUUUUUCCACGAUCACUCCGAACACGAAGCCUCCCCUGCCACAGCCACUUUCCGUCCAGGCACAGGACGCACACUUGCCAGCGACGCCCCAGAUCUUGAUUAUAAUGGAGAUCACCGGCGACCAUCUGUUGCCAGUGCUACGACUGUAAGCAGCCAAGGGUCAAAAUCAAGCACAAGCGGGCUCUUCCGGAAAAAGUUACAAGGGUUCUUCGGUGACGAUCCCAACGCUAGUGAUUCAAAGCAAGACCAUGAUGGUCACCACAGCUCGGGGUCUAAACCGUCGUCGAUUGAUUACUUCAGAUCUCGUCAAAGAGCUGACUCUGAGGGCUCGAGACGUCCGUCUGAUGGUGUCCAGGAUGACGCUCAUCAACCUGGCCGCCCCAGGACCCCGCUUCCCUCGAGUGAUAUAACACCCUGGGAGUACCAGAGAUAUAAUGAUAUUCCACAGCUUGGAGAAGCACCUGUCCGUGAAGCACCUACCGCGCUAGAUCGGCAUCGUAUUGGUUCACAGGGUGCAUCUAGUACAUCGAGGGAUCCGACCCGCAGGCAUUUUAGCGGCCAUCGACACUCACGAAGCAAGGAGGAGAAGGCAAACGCUGCUGGAGACCUCGCUGGAUACCCCGAUCGUCCUUCAACAGGCCGUGAUGACUUUUCCGUUGGCCUACGUCCGUCCAGGGACGGUAGCUUAGGUUUCCGACCCGCAGCUAACUCGUCUAUCAAUCUUGCUGGGCGCUCGACGAGCCCCACGCCAAGUCUCCAGAGCUUUUAUACUAAGGAUUCUGGCCAAGGCUCCCCUGGUGCACCUUCUUCUAAGCGCUCGUUCCUGGGAAAACUCCGCCGACCCAACCUUAAGCAUUUUCCAGGGUCAAAAGGACCGACAGAUGCUAUUAGGGGCACAUCAAAGCUUGCACGGCGUGAUGCUUCCCCUGGACGACGAGGACGGCAAGGCAGUCUGGAGGGAGCACCUUCUAAGGGCGCUGAAAAUGGGGAACAUGAACGAAAGAAAGAUGGCAAAGGCCUAGGAAUUGCGACUGGUAAGCUGCGAGGCCGCCGCGGUGCUGGUCACGAAACCCCCAUCGGAAAGGAGACGAACCCCUCAGAAGCACCCGGUGUCUGGGCUUUGGACACGGAUCUAUCGCACAUGGAAGGCAUCGUUCAGCCAGCUGCAGAUGAUGGGGAUAAGACGAAUGAAGGAAAGACGGUACGCCAUGAUGAGAAGAGGCUGGGGGACCAGCUAGGUGCCGGAAAUUGGGACGCUCCUGAGAGCUGGCAUGUCAAACGCCAAAGAAAUGAGGUUUUGGCCAAAGUUCCCAAGAUGACCAACGAUGCUGCUCGAACAAUAGCUGAACCUGAUGGUGUUCCGUAUUUUAUCCGUGUGUUCCGCAUUGAUGGAACAUUUGCCACACUCUCGAAUGGGUUACAUGCUACGGUUGCCGAUGUACUUCUGUCACUGGGAAAGAAGUCUUUUCUAACUGACCACCUCAAUAACUACGAAAUAGUCAUGCGCAAAAAUGAUAUCUCUCGACAGCUGGAUCCCAAUGAACAGCCCAUUCUCAUGCAGAAGAAAUUACUCGAACAGAUCGGCUAUACUGAGAAGGACAGGAUUGAAGAGCUUGGCCGGGAGGACCAUAGUUACAUUCUUCGCUUUACCUUCUUGCCCACCAAACUCAGCGGGUACAGCAGUCUUGAGGGAGAGCCAGGCUUCAGCAAGAACCAGAAAUUCAGCCACGUGGAUCUUCAAGGACGGAGUCUCGUUACCAUCCCUAUCGCUCUUUACAAGAAAGCUCCGGAGAUCAUAUCGCUCAAUCUCUCCAGGAACUUGGAGCUAGAUGUGCCAAAAGACUUUAUUCAGGGCUGCAUCAAUCUGCGAGAGAUCAAGUAUAUAGGAAGUGAAGCUUUACGCCUUCCACCCAGCUUCAGUCUUGCAAGCCGUCUAACGUAUCUGGAUGUUUCAAACAACUUCUUGGAUCAGCUCGACCACGCGAACCUUGACAGGUUACAAGGACUUGUCAGUAUCAAACUGGCCAAUAAUCGACUGACAAAGCUUCCGGAUUACUUUGGAAACUUCAAAUCUCUGAGGAGUCUGAACAUUGCUUCGAAUAAUUUUCAAGUGUUCCCCGAGUUUCUCUGCAACUUGAAAAGCUUGGUGGAUCUUGAUAUUAGCUUCAACAAUAUCUCCGAGCUCCCAAAUAUUGGCAACCUGACUAGCCUCGAGCGUCUCUGGAUGACAAAUAACGGAUUCAGAGGGCCUUUCGGCGAGUCGAUUAAAGAUCUUGUGAACUUGAAGGAGAUAGAUGCCCGAUUCAAUGAGAUCGUGAAUAUUGACAGCUUGACACUCCUUCCGCGCUUGGAACAGCUAUUGAUCGGUCACAAUUCUGUGUCUAAGUUCAGAGGGUCGUUCCCCAAGCUGCGGAAUUUGGUCUUGGAUCAUUGCCCUGUAACGCAGUUCGACAUUGACGCGCCCAUGCCAACUCUAACAUCCCUCAACAUAGCCUCGGCGAAACUGGUCCAAUUUCGUGACACCCUGUUCGAUAGCUUGCCCAACCUCACAAAACUCAUCCUGGAUAAGAAUCACUUCAUGUCCAUGUCCCCUCAUAUCGGAAAGCUGCGGAAACUCGAGCAUUUUAGCAUGGCCAAGAAUCCUCUCUCGUCACUUCCUCCGUCUAUAGGGUGUUUGACCGAGCUCAAGUACCUUAAUCUGAGAGAGUGUAACUUGCGAAGGCUGCCUCAAGAGAUCUGGUAUUGUCUGAAACUAGAGACUCUCAACGUCUCAUCAAACGUUCUGGAUAGCUUUCCCAAGCAUGGCGGCCCGCCACCUCAGCUUCCGGGCGAGGCUACUGCUGGUACUACUCCCGCGAUGACACCCGGUGGCUCAGUUACGCCGAGUUAUGAUGACUUGGGCACUGUAGAAGAGCAGGAAACACGGCGUCCCAGCCAGGCAUCUGGCAGCGCGCCCAGUGGGAGCUCUCCCGGUGGUGGGAGCACUCGAAAACCGUCGGUCGCCUCCUCUCUUAGUCAGGGAGGAAGGAAGGUCUCCACUGCUUCGAAGUUCGCAGAAGGCAGCCCAUCAUCCAGGAAAGAUUCGAAUUUCUCUCAGCAUGUGGCCACUACAUUUGGUGGCUCGCUCCGGAACUUGUACCUGGCCGAUAACCGGCUCGAGGAUGACGUGUUUCGUGAACUCUCAUUUAUCCCUGAGUUGCGAAUAGUGAAUUUGUCGUAUAACGUGCUGAAUGAAAUUCCGCCUGGGCUCCUGAAACGCUGGCCUCUACUUACGGAGCUAUACCUAUCUGGCAACGAGCUAACCUCUCUGCCCUCAGACGACCUAGAAGAAGGGAGUAGUCUGAAGAUUCUUAACAUCAAUGCCAAUCGAUUCCAGGUUCUUCCGGCGGAACUGUGCAAAGUGAGCAAGCUUUCUAUUCUCGACGUUGGAAGCAAUUACUUGAAAUACAACGUGUCGAACUGGCCUUAUGACUGGAACUGGAAUUGGAAUCGAAAUCUGAAGUAUCUCAACUUCUCUGGGAACAAACGGCUGGAGAUUAAGCCGAAUGUCUCGUCUUUGGGAUCUCAGCCGCCGAACGGAGCAGAUUUAACCGAUUUCAAUUCACUCACUCACCUCCGGGUACUUGGAUUGAUGGACGUCACACUCACGACGUCCAAUAUUCCGGAAGAGAAUGAAGAUCGCCGAGUGAGGACGUCUGCCUCUUUGGCAGGUUCACUCGCCUACGGUAUGGCAGAUUUCUUAGGUCGAAGCGAACAUCUUUCUAUCAUCGACAUGAUCGUGCCUCGAAUGAGACAGGAUAAUGUCGAAACCGUUGUCGGCAUGUUUGAUGGCCAGCCUAGCUCUACUGGAGGCUCUAGGGUUGCCAAGUUCCUGCAUGAGAAUUUCCUUCAUACUUUUUCUGCUGAGCUUAAGCGCCUCCGGCGGGACGAGCAAGAGACACCCUUGGAUGCCUUCAGGCGGACGUUCCUGACUCUCAACAGGAAUAUGGCUUUUGCUUGCUACAAGUCCAUCGACCAAGAUGUCAGAUUAUUUCAAGAGGACUCAUCCGAUCAAAAGAAAGUCCGGCUCAAUAAGGAAGACCUUCAGUCUGGCGGCGUCGCGACCGUUCUGUACCUGAACAAUACGGAUUUAUAUGCUGCCAAUAUCGGUGACGCUCAGGCUAUACUCGUCAAGUCAGAUGGUAGUAUGAGAUAUCUGACACGGAACCAUGAUCCGGCAGAAGCAGGAGAAAGGGCGCGCAUCCGAGCGGCAGGCGGAUUUGUCUCCCGCAACGGAAGACUGAAUGAUUACCUUCCUGUCUCCCGGUCAUUUGGGUACUUCAAUCUAAUGCCUGCAGUGAUCGCAGCACCGCAUACGAUGCACGUCAGCUUGACCGAGCAGGAUGAGAUGAUUAUUCUGGCCUCAAAAGAACUUUGGGAUUACGUGACUCCAGACCUUGUCGUGGAUGUUACGAGAGCUGAACGAAGGGACCUGAUGGUUGCUGCGCAAAAGAUAAGGGAUCUUGCACUGUCAUUCGGAGCCAACAAUAAGCUUAUGGUGAUGAUUCUUGGAGUUGGAGAUCUCAGGAAACGUGAGAGGCGCCCGCCGCGCUUCCCAAGCAUGAAUAGCUUUAGUCAGGUCGAUGACUCGAUCCUACCCAGCCCGAAGCGCACCAAAAAACCGCGUGAUAUGCCUGGAGACUCCAGACUAGCUCGAUUUGACUAUGUUGACGCUCCAACCGGAGAACUGGCUAUAAUUUUCACGGAUAUCAAGCAGUCCACAGGUCUUUGGGAGACGUGCCCCGACGCAAUGCGCUCAGCUAUCCAGAUCCACAAUGAUAUCCUCCGCCGCCAAUUAGGUAUUAUUGGUGGUUAUGAGGUGAAGACUGAAGGUGACGCUUUCAUGGUCGCGUUUUCAACAACAACAGCUGCUUUGCUCUGGUGUUUCAACUGCCAAUACCAACUUUUGGAAGCUGAAUGGCCGACGGAAAUUCUUGAGCAGCCUCAGUGCCAAGUUCAAUUCGACAUGGAAAAUAACAUAAUCUUCCGAGGUCUGUCAGUUCGGAUGGGAAUUCACUGGGGUGAGCCUGUCUGCGAAAAGGAUCCCAUUACUAACCGCAUGGAUUACUUUGGACCAAUGGUAAACCGCGCAUCACGAAUCUCGGCCGUUGCUGACGGCGGGCAAAUAUUUGUUUCGUCGGAUUUCAUGAACGACAUGCAGCGUAACCUCGAGCUCUUCGCCGACAGUGAACGUGCUGCUUCUACUGGUUCGGAAGAAAGUUAUGCACUCGAUUUGGGGGACAAUAUCCGGCGCGAACUUCAACAACUAAAUAGCCAGGGAUUUGUGAUAAAAGAUCAAGGCGAGCGGAAGUUGAAAGGCCUUGAGAAUCCCGAACCUCUAUAUCUGAUUUACCCUCAUGCUCUAUCGGGACGCUUGUCGACCCAGGACCAAAUGUCCGGUGAAGAAAGCACCCCCACCACUAUUAGUCAACACUCUCAACUCCAGAUCCAAACAGAAGCUAUAUGGCGAUUAUGGGAGAUCACACUCCGGCUCGAAAGGCUAUGUGGAGCGUUAGAACACCCAGGCGAACCGCGCCUAGAUAAACCUAACUCGGCAUUAUUCGAUAUAAUCAAGAAGCACGGCGGAGAACUCGCUGAUUCGAGUGUCGUCAGCCUGAUCGAGCAGCAAGUAACUCGGAUCGAGGUCGCGAUAAGUACCCUUGCUCUGCGACAUAUGCUACGACCUUUCAAGCCAGGCGACCGGCUUGACGACCACGCCGCGCCGAUUGGAGAUGUGCUGCAAGAAUUACGAACCCAGCUUGCGGAGUAUAGAGCCCUCAAGGAGCAGAUUGCUACCAAUGGUGCUGGCAUCACUGGCGCAUCCCCUAGUUCCACCGCAACGGAUCUACAUUACACUCCAGAUUUCCACUCCAGCGCUUCCUCUUCGUCCUUCACCUAG